CCCUCUCCCUCCUUUCCUCCCUCUCUCUCUUCUUCCUCCCCUCCCCUCCCCAUCUCGACCUAUCUUCUCCAACCCGCUUCCACCACCCAUCCAACCUCACCCUAUCCACGCCCUGAACGCCUCGCCACGUCACACAACGCGCGCAACGCCCUCCCCCAUCGGCGCAUUGUCCCUCCUCCCACUGGCCCCUCGAUAGUUCGUGUGCGCGCGCGCUGUCCGUGUCGUCAUGUCCCCUCAUGACCGCGCGGACCGUCAGUCAGAAUCCGUCGUCGCCGACGCGGUAACCGCGAUGAAGCUGGACCCCAACAAAGACACUCCUCCCGCCGGGGAUCAGCCGUUUCUCGGCACCACCAAUGGAGGAGGUUCCGCGUUUCCCGACGACAGCGACGGAGGCUUCUCCUCCGUCCGCUCCCAGCAUCCCGACGAGCGCAACAACGUGUCCCUGUCGCCCGGUGAAUCGCGAUCUGCGUCUCGGUCGUCCCCUGUCAAGAAGGAAGAAGAAGAAGAAGAGGUGAAAGACGAGCUAGACAGCGAUGGUCAUGUGGAUGGCGAUGGCGAUGGUGACGAUGGUGACGACGAUGGCGAGGAAGAGAAGGUCGGCGGCGACAUCACCGUCAAGCUAGAACCCGGGCAACCUCCCAAGUUGACCCGCAGUUCUUCGCAGAAGGUCGUGCCGCGACCGCCGCAGCUAUUCACGGACCUACCCGACAGCACCGCCGAGGCGAAGUCGACUUUUGGCAUGAUGAAUAUGUGCACCUACGCCAAUAAAUACAUGGGAUAUACGGAACAUGCGAUGGAGUGUGAUUGUGCUGAGGAAUGGGAACCCUCUGUCGGGAAAAAUGUCGCAUGCGGCGAGGAUUCCGAUUGUAUCAACCGCGCAACCAAGAUCGAGUGCAUGGGCGACUGCGGAUGCGGGCCAGAAUGCCAAAACCAACGGUUCCAGCGAGCGGAAUACGCCCCAGUGGCAGUGAUCAAGACCAAGAAAAAGGGCUUCGGGCUGCGUGCCGAAGCCGAUCUGCGAUCGCACCAGUUCAUCUUCGAGUACGUGGGCGAGGUCAUCAACGAGGGCCAAUUCCGACGGCGAAUGAGGCAGUACGAUGAAGAGGGUAUCAAGCACUUCUACUUCAUGUCCCUCAGUAAGGGCGAAUUCGUGGACGCGACCAAGAGGGGCAAUCUCGGCCGAUUCUGCAACCAUUCGUGUAAUCCGAACUGCUACGUCGACAAGUGGGUCGUCGGGGAGAAGCUCCGGAUGGGCAUCUUCGCCGAGCGCGACAUCCAAGCCGGCGAGGAACUCGUGUUCAACUACAACGUUGACCGCUACGGGGCCGACCCCCAGCCAUGCUACUGCGCAGAGCCAAACUGCACGGGCUUUAUCGGUGGCAGGACACAGACCGAGCGCGCGACCAAGCUCCCCAACGCCACCAUCGAAGCCCUGGGCAUCAGCGACGCCGACGGCUGGGAUACAGCGAUAGCGAAGCGACCUCGCAAGAAGAAGACAGGCGAGGACGACGAGGAAUACGUGGACAGCGUGCAACCCAAGUCUUUGGAAGAGGACGGCGUCACGAAAGUGAUGGCAGCUCUCAUGCAAUGCAAAGAGAAAUGGAUCGCCGUCAAGCUCCUGGGCCGUAUCCAGCGGUGCGACGACGAGCGCGUCCGCAACCGCGUGGUCAAAAUGCACGGGUACCAGAUCCUCAACUCGCAGCUGGCCAUGUGGAAAGAGGACCAGAACGUGGUGCUGCAGAUCCUGGACAUCCUGGACAAAUUCCCUCGUCUGACGCGGAACAAGAUCAUCGACUCCAAGAUCGAGUCGACUAUCCAGCCUCUCGCGAGCUGCGGGGACGAGCGCGUGGAGAAGAAGGCCGCCGCGCUGCUGCAGGUGUGGGCGACUCUCGAAGUUGGGUACCGCAUCCCUCGGAUGAAGAGGGACCCCAACACGACUGCGCAAGCCGUCAACCAGUUCGAGCGACGGGAGGCCAGUCGCGCCGAGCGACGACGGUCGAAAUCGCGGUCCCGCUCGCGGUCGCGGUCACGGUCGAUCGAAGCGCCGCGUGGUCCCGCCGCGCAAGGCCGACAGGGCCACGGGGGGAGGAACUCCCACCACCACGGCCACGGUCACGGCCACGGUCCGCGGUCAUUCCGCCGGCAGUUCCAGCCUCUGCCGUCGGGGUGGUUCGCUGCCGAGUCGAACGGCAGGACAUACUAUUACUCGGCUCGGGGGGACACCACAUGGACGAGACCUACCGCACCGGCGCCUCAACCUCCACCGGCACCAGCGAAAGAGUCCCGGGACAAGGCGCUCCAAGAUAUCAUCGACGGCAUCAUGAACGCCAAGGAGAACACGCCCAAGGAGAAGACAGGCACGCCGGGGACGCCGCAGACGUCGAAACCCACACCUGAUAAACACGAGGGGCGCGAGAAAUGGCGGAACUACAGCGAAGAGAAGCAGAAGAAGCUGUACGAGAAUACCUUAUUCCCGCACGUCAAAUACGUAGUCGACAAGUUCAAGCACAAGCUCCCGAAAGACGACCUAAAGCGCUACGCCAAAGACGUGGCCAAAAAACUCGUCAACUCAGACUUCAAAAACCACCGCGUGGAAGACCCGACCCAAAUCGACGAGAAACAGCAAAAGAAAGUCAAAAAAUACUGCAAAGAAUACUUCGACAAAGCCGUCGCCAAGCACCGCGCCUACGAGCAUCGCAAGAACGAAAAGUCCAGGCCCGGAACAGACCGCGAUUCCAAGGCCACAGACACUCCCAACGGGGCGGGGGCCAGCGAUGACGAGCUGGACGUGAAGAUGUCUGAUGACGAGGGGGAUAACAAUAAUGAUGAUAAUAAGGAGACAUCGCCAACGGCGACAGAAGGCGGCAUCAAGCGAAAGAGAACAGGCACAGCAACUGAAGACGACGCGAUGGCAGCUACAAAACGACAGCGGUCGUCGACGCCGCCUCCGCCGCCUCCUCCGCCUGACGGGGAGCCUCCUAACAGCGACGACGCGAAUAUGUCGACCCCGGCUGGGAUGGACAUGGAACAACCGAUCGAUACGCCUCCGCCGCCGCCUCCGCCUCCUGGUGAUGAUCGGUGCAUGACGCAGGAGGAGAGGGAUGAGGAGGAUAUGCCGUCGCAGAUUGAGGUCGGGGGGGGAGUAUAAGACUUCUUCUUCUUUCUUAUCUGCAACUUCCACCUACUCCUCCUUUUGAACAUGACAUCUUCUCACCUCACCUCAGCCUACCUAUACCCAUCACUCUCUUCACCUACCCACCUCCCUCCCUCCCUCCCUACCUACUACCCACCCACCUAUCUACCUAUUACCACUACUAUCACUAUUAAGCAUAUCCCACCCAGGCAGGAGUUCGGAGUAAAAAAGGGACGGUCAAUUGAAUUUGAUUUGAUUCGAUUCGAUUUGCCUGUCCCAUCCUGGCGAUGAACAUGAAUUGAAUUGAAUUGACUUGACUUUGAGCAUUAUUUUCUUCUUUCCACUUUUUCAAUAUCAACUUUUCUUCUCUUCUUCUCUUCUCUUAUUUUGUUUUCUAUUUAUUUGUUUAUCAUUACUACUUUUUAUCUUUGAAUACCCCAUUACUUU